UCCCCCUCCUGUCCCCUGCUGCCUCCCUGCAGCAGCUCUCCCUCCUGGCAAAGCCUUCAGCCCAGCCUGCUCCUAGCUGUCCAGGGCGCCUCCGGCGGCCGGCCCGGCGGCCACCUCCCUCCCUCCCUCCGUUCUCUCUGGCUGCCUCCUCCUCCUCUCUCCUCCCCUCCUUUCCCCUUCACCCCCAACCCCUGCCCUGGACUCUGCCAACAUGAGGGGCUUGGCCUGCCUCCUUGCAUUUCUGGUGGGGACCCAGGCUGUUGAGCGACUACGCCUGGCUGAUGGUCCCCACAGCUGUGCGGGACGCCUGGAAGUCUGGUACAGCGGGCGCUGGGGCACCGUGUGUGACGACGGAUGGGACCUCCGGGAUGCUGCAGUGGCCUGCCGCGUGCUGGGCUGCGGAGGGGCGCUGGCCGCCCCCGGGGGUGCCUUCUUCGGGGAGGGCACCGGGCCCGUGUGGCUCAGUGAGCUGGCCUGCCGGGGCAGUGAGGGACAGCUGGGUACCUGUCCCCACCGGGGCUGGAAGGCCCAUAUCUGCUCUCAUGAGGAGGACGCAGGCGUCGUCUGUGUAGGUCAGCGUGCAGCUAACUCCAGAGAAGAUUCGACAUCCCUACUGGAUGGGGAUCCGUGGCUGCCACUGCCCGGGGAGCUGAGCCCUAGCUCAGAGGAGCCCCCUGUGACUCAUGCUCCCCAACCAGCAGCAAGCUCCCAGAAUGGCCCUCGCAAGAAGAAUCCCAGGCCACCGAAGCAGGCCAAGUCCACCCGGGCCCCUGUACUGACAAAUGGAGCUCCCCGCCAAGAGCGGCUGCGCCUGGUCUCAGGUCCCCACGGAUGCGCCGGCCGCCUGGAAGUCUGGCACGGUGGACGCUGGGGCACUGUGUGUGAUGAUGGAUGGGACCUCCGAGAUGCAGCUGUGGCUUGUCGGGAGCUGGGCUGUGGGGGGGCGCUGGCCGCCCCUGGCGGUGCCAGGUUCGGGCCUGGUUCAGGACCCGUGUGGAUGGAUGACGUAGGGUGUGGAGGAGGAGAGCAGGCUCUCCGGGACUGCCCCAGAAGCCCCUGGGGCCGGAGUAACUGUGACCAUACUGAGGAUGCCGGGCUGGUCUGCACUGGUCCUGCACCCAGGCUGCGCCUCGCUGAUGGUCCCCACGGCUGCGCUGGCCGCCUGGAGGUUUGGCACGGUGGGCGCUGGGGAUCCGUGUGUGACGACGCUUGGGACCUUCGGGAUGCUGCUGUGGCCUGCAGGGAGCUGGGCUGUGGGGGCGCGCUGGCCGCCCCAGGGGGCGCCUUCUUUGGGGAGGGGGCUGGACCCAUCGUCCUGGAUGAUCUCAGAUGUCGGGGGAACGAGACAUCCUUGCGAUUCUGCCCCGCGAGGCCCUGGGGCCAACAUGACUGUCACCAUCGGGAGGAUGCUGGGGCCGUGUGUGAUGGCAUGCCUCUCGGUGCUGGGCAGCCCACAGCGCCCGCAGUGGACAGCAACACCUCAACACCCAGGCUUCUGUCUACCUCCGGGGGCCGGACCCCGGGCCCGGCAGGCAGCUGGGCUCCUCCCCCUGCUGCUCCCACUGCCCCCCCAGAGCCUGGGCCCGAAGCUGGGUCCCCCCAGUUGCGCCUGGUGGCUGGACCCAGCAGGUGCUCUGGCCGGCUGGAGGUAUGGCAUGACGGACGCUGGGGGACGGUUUGUGACGACAGCUGGGACACGAGAGACGCGGCGGUGGUCUGCCGCGAGCUGGGCUGCGGGGGGCCUCGGCAACCAGACCCUGCAGCAGGCCGCUUCGGCUGGGGCGCCGGCCCCAUCUGGCUGGAUGACGUGGGCUGUGUGGGCACCGAGGCUUCGCUCUCAGAAUGCCCUGCUGCCGCCUGGGGGAAACACAACUGCGCCCACAAUGAGGAUGUCGGGGUUACCUGCACCGGGACCCCUGGCCUGGAUACCAUCUCAGACCCCUUCAGUUGGAGCUGGCUCCCUGGGCUGGGUAGAGAUCAGGAUGCCUGGCUUCCAGGAGAGCUGGCCACCAAGGCCUCUGCCAGCCUCACCUCCAGUGUGCUAGAGAAAACCACAAAGGCUCCUGGGAAAGCGCCCAAGAGUACUAAGAAGUGGGUGCCUAAAAAUGCAAAAAGACCAACCACCCAACCCCCUGGGAUACCACCUACUAAACGCUCCAGGGUCCCAGGCACCCCCAGCACGCUACAUCUAACCCCACGUACCUCUGAGUCACCCAAAAGACUGACCACGGAGGCUCCCCACAGACAGACGUCACACACCACUAUAAAGGCGACUCCUAGGGUCCCCUGGGAGUGGACCUCGGAGGCUGUAGCAUCACUGUCUACUCAAGGCCAAGAAGUGACCUCUGAGGCCACCAUCACACAAAUCCCUCAGGCCUCCUUGGAGCCGUCUGGUGAGAGCCCAGAAGGUUCUCUGGAGUCAUCCCAGGAUCCAGCCCCCUCCCCAUCUGCUGGAAACCCUGUGCCAUCGGGUCCCUUCCGGGUCCGCCUGGCCGAUGGGCCCAACAGGUGUGCUGGCCGGCUGGAGGUGUGGCAUGCUGGGCGGUGGGGGACGGUCUGUGACGACAGCUGGGACCUCCGGGACGCCACAGUCGCCUGCUGGGAACUGGGCUGUGGAAAGGUCCGGCCCCGAGUAGGCAAAACCCACUACGGCCCCGGGACCGGGCCCAUCUGGUUGGACGACAUGGGCUGUAAGGGGAGUGAGACCUCCCUGAGCGACUGCCCCUCGGGCGCGUGGGAGCACAAUUGUGACCACGAGGAAGACGUGGUGCUCACCUGCACCGGCUACCCAGAUGACGAUGAUUACCCCUCCUGGACUUGGGACCCCACUUCAGGAGAGGACCUGAGCAAAGGGACCACUGUGGCAGCAUGGCCUGGACAGACUCUCUCCUGGGCUACCACUAGGAACCCGGAAGUCCCCUCUUCGGCAACACAGAGGCUUACGGACACAGAUGACCAGGGUCGUUAUGAGCUCUCCUGGACGUGGGAUACGCCUGCGCGCAGGGGUCUGUCGCACCUCCACAAAGGGACCCCCACCACAAGCCAACCCAGACCCGCUGUCACCAGAGGCACCGGCAAGAGCCCAGGCCACCCCUUUCCGGCUCCGAGAGCCCGUGCAGACACAGGUUCCCCAAGGAAGCCAAAGCCUGAGCGCCGGCUGCCGCGGCCCACCUCGGCCAGGACAGCGCCCGCCACCUCGUCCCCAGCUCCUGGCUCACGGCCGACCUCUGGCUCCUGGCCCCAGCUCAUCCCUGCCUCGGCCUCCAAGCGGGGGAGGCCCACAGACCCUCCCCAGACACCCCCACCCACCCCGGCGCCCUCUCUGACCGGCUCCGACUCCACCUCGUCCAGGUCUGGGGCCAGUUUGCCUCCAGCUCCCAUCCCAGAGCACUCCCGCAGCCCCGCACCCGCCUCCCCUACAGGGCUAACCUCGGACUCCUCUGCGCUCUCAGAAGUGACCAGCCUCCCCCCUACCUCAGAGCUGUCUCCAGAAUCCGACGCAACCCCAGACUUGGGCACAACACCCAAAGUAGACCCGGGGGGUUCUGACUCCUCAGACCUCCCCGUGAGCCCCAGGACCCCCCCAAAGCCAUUCACAACCCCUCACCCUACCACCACCGUCCCUGAACCCCCCACCCCUGAACUCACCACCCCUGAACCCACCACCACCACCCCUGAACCCACCACCACCCCUGAACCCACCACCACCCCUGAACCCACCACCACCCCUGAACCCACCACCAUCCCUGAACUCACCACCCUGAACCCCCCACCCCCACCCUCACCCCACCACCGUCUCUGAACCCACCACCACCCCUCACCCACCACCGUCCCUGAACCCCCCACCCCCACCCCUCACCCCACCAACCCUGAACCCGCCACCACCCCUGAACCCACCAACCCUGAACCCACCACCACCCCUGAACCCACCACCCCUGAACCCACCAUGACCCUCAAUAUACCGCAGUCCCUCAGCUUCCCAGGACCCCUCACCCACUGCCCACCCCAAUCUCCCACCAACCCCCAUAUUUCCUCAGCCCCUGCCACGCCCACAAACUCCCUCCCACUCUCCCUGGAGACAGAAUUUCCCUCUCGCCCUCCAGAACCCAAGCCUAGCCUCCCCCCAGAGCUGACCUUGGGGGGAGCCCGCCCCACGGUCACAUCCCCGAUGCAGAACCCGGAGCCCUCUCCAGCCCCGAGUCUACCCUCCAGGCCCUCUCCAGCCCCAAGCACGGACCCACUGUCCACGGAGGUCUCCAAACCCCCCGGGAACCAGAGCCCCAAAUUAACCUCUCCACCUAUCCAGACCUCACACUCAACUUCAGACCCCACCGUGACCCCCGACCUUCACCUCUCCUCCAUGGCCCACCCGUGGGACCAACCUCCCCCUGACCACCUCACUCAAGGGCCAAGCCCUUAUCCCAACCCAGGUCCCCUUGGGCCAUGUGUGUCCCCAGAACCACCGGUAAGGGUCAUGGCCUGCGAGCCACCUGCCUUGGUGGAGCUGGUGGCCGCGGUGAGGGAGGUGGGUGACCGGCUGCAGAGGCUGACGCAGGUCCUGGAAGAAGACCGGCGGGACCGGCGAGUCCUGGGGCUGGGCCUAGUCCAGUUGGUGGAGGCCGCUCAGGGCCUGGGGCAGCUGAGUGAGACUGUGAAGAGACUAGCAGAGGUGGCCUGGCCCCCCAGCACGCCUGUGCCCACCACCCCCACCACCACGGAGGAGGAGAGGCCUCUGAGGGGAGACGUGUGACCCACUCUGAAACUCGGGGUGCUAGAGAUCCUCUCAAACAAACACGAGAAAACCAAAGUAUUCUACCAA